CCACAGACGCAAGGUCGGUCGUGUCAAAGUUGUUAUUAUUAUAGUUAACCGGUUAAAGUGAUCUUCUCUCCGUCUCAUAAUUCAUAUUAAUAUCAGGAAAUGAAGAAUCAAUUACAGGUGCGCGAGGGGUCAAAGUAAAUCGGUCGAUAAGCAUGUAAAACGCCCACAGAGUGAAUAUCCACACCGCCAUUGGCAUUGCGCGCGCGUCGCUAGACACAUUUGUUAUAUUUUCAAAAGAUUUAAGUCAAUACCUAUAACUUUCGAUUUUGUUUAAGUGCAGUGAACUGUGUUCUAUUUUUAAAAGUUUUUUUUGGAUAUAUGCGGGGACACGAAUGACCAAGUCGCAAUAUGUCUUUAUCGACGAGUCGUCAACAAUUCUUAGCAUAUGAAACUCAUAGAGAACAGGAUAUACAAUAUGGAAGAAAAGGAGGCAUAUUUAUUUCUACGUGUAUAUGCAUCAGUUUUAUUAUCUUCGCUGUGCUAACUGCUAUUCUCGUUGGCAUAAUUGUUUACUAUAUUACUUAUUUUAGGGUGUCCCAACAAACAGGAGACUAUUGGGACGAUGCCGAACCAUUUGGACAAUCAGAUUCAUCACCAGAUCUUCGACUUCCAACCUAUGUGGUCCCAAGUUUUUACAGAUUAAAAAUUAAAGCGGACCUAGAAAACUCAUCAUUUCAUGGAGAUGUUUACAUAACUAUAAAAGCCAAUAAAAAAGUUAAAGAAAUAAUUCUUCACUCAAAGAAUCUCACUAUUAAGCCCAAUGUGACGUUAACUGAACAAAUCUAUGAGAAAGUUGAAACGUUACAUACAACAAAAAAAUCGAAGAGAGAAGUAGCAAAUGUUAAUAUAACUGAAGAAAAUAAUAAUGUUACCACAGCAAAUAAUGAAACAAUUGUGUUUAACAACACAGAGGAGAUAAUAAAUCCGAUAUCAGUCGUAGCUCACGACACAACAACACAACCAAUUGAUACGCAAGUGACACAUAGUCAUGUCCGUAAUAUCAAAAUCACCUCUGUCGUCUUAGAUUCUGGUGAUAGACUUAUUCUGACACUUGCAUCACCCCUCACACCCGAUUUGGAUUAUACAUUACAAUUGUCAUUUAAUGGUUUAAUUCAGAAUUCAUUAACUGGCUUUUAUAAAAGUACUUAUACUGAAAAUAAUGAAGUCAGACAACUUGGAGUCACUCAAUUUGAACCAACCUCAGCCAGAGCAGCUUUCCCAUGUUUUGAUGAACCAGCCUUCAAAGCAAAGUUUGAAAUUAGCAUUGGACACAGACAAAAUAUAUCCGUACUUUCCAAUAUGAGGGUUGCCACUCAAGAAGCAAUCGAAGAAGAACCAGGUUGGCAAUGGACUCACUUCGAUAGAUCUGUUAAUAUGUCUACCUACCUCGUAGCCUACGUCCUGUCGGAUUUCAAAUAUUUAGAAACUAGUUACCUCAGUAAAGAUAAUGUUACGAAGCCAAUCCGUAUUUGGACGAGACCGGCUUUUCUAUCAAAGGCAAAUUAUGCAUUGACGAUUGUUCCCAAGUUAUUAUCGUUUUAUGAAGAUGUUUUUGGAUUACCUUAUGCUUUGGAUAAGCUUGACCUUAUAGCCAUUCCGGACUUCUCCAGUGGAGCGAUGGAGAAUUGGGGAUUGAUCACAUUUAGAGAGACGACGUUGUUGUUCGACGAGAAGGAAGGCAUCCCGCGCGAGAAGCAGAACGUGGCCAUCGAUAUCGCCCACGAGCUAGCCCACCAGUGGUUUGGCAACCUGGUCACCAUGCGCUGGUGGACCGACCUCUGGCUCAACGAGGGCUUCGCCACCUACAUCGAGUACGUCGGAGUCGACCACGUGUGCCCGGCGUGGAGCAUGCUGGCGGCGUUCUCGCGCGACAAGAUGGACCUGCUGCGCGCCGACGCGCUGCGCAACACGGCGCCCGUGUCGCGGCGCGUGCGCGACGCCACCGAGAUCGCGCAGAAGUUCGACGAGAUCUCGUACUCCAAGGGCGCCAGCCUCAUCCGCAUGCUCAACCACACGCUCUCCGCCGACCUGUUCCGCCGCGGCCUGCUCUCCUACUUGAACGAGUGGAAAUAUCAGAACGCCGAAGAAAACGAUCUCUGGAACGCGAUGUCGAAAGCGACAAAAUCGGACCCUAAAUUCAAAGACCUCUCCGUUGUGAAGUUCAUGAACACGUGGACCAGACAGCCGGGGUACCCUGUUGUCAAUGUGCGCAGAAAUUAUACCACUGGCUCUGUUAUUUUCCAGCAGAAAUUAUUCACGAGCUCAGAAGAUGGCAUCCCUAAACCUGAUCGACUUUGGCAUAUACCAAUCAGCUACACAACAUUGGACACUCCUGCUAGCAACUGGACAACUGGACCAAAACUGUGGCUGACCGAUAGGACUGUCACGGCCAAUCUACCAUUGAAUGAGACACAAGCCCUGUAUGUCAACAUUGACGCUAUUGGCUACUACCGAGUAAAUUAUGAUCAAAAUAAUUGGGCGCUUCUUAGCGCAGCUCUAAAGUCUGGUGCCGUAGACAACCCAAUAGUGAAAGCUCAGCUGAUUGACGAUGCCUUCAAUCUGGCUAAAGUAGGACAACUGAACUACAGCUACGCGCUCGGACUGACCACCUGCGUGAUUGACGGAGAAGACUCGAGGAUCGUAUGGGAACUGUUGCUGAACAACAUGGCCUUCUUGAAGCAUAACUUGAGGACGACAUCUGGUUAUAUUUAUUUUCAGGAUUACAUGAAUAUAAUACUCAAGAGGCAAUUGGAGCGACUAAACUAUGGACUGGACCAGCCCAAGGACGACAACGAGUCGUUCCUGGCGGAGAACCUUGUGGUGUGGGAGUGCCUCAUGGAGUCUCCGCGUUGUCUGCAGUGGGCACGACGACUUUUCGAGGACUGGACCAGCAGACCAGACAUGAAUGACAACCCUAUACCGAAUUACCUCCGUUCUCUAGUCUACAAUAUGGCGAUCAAGUAUGGCGGCCGGCGGGAGUUUGAUUUGCUGUGGGACAUGUUCGAGAACUCAACCGACCCGAACGUCAAGAAUUUAAUUAUCAGCAACCUGCCGAGUACUAGGGAUGAAUCGUUGAUCAAUCUGCUGCUGGAGCGCUCGCUGGGCGCGCUGGGCGCGCAGUUCGCGGCGGCGGCGUGGGCCGUGCAGCCGGCGGCGGGCGCGCGCGCGGCGCAGCGCUUCCUGCUGUCGCACUUCCCGCGCGUGCUGGCGCGCUUCUCCGCGCUCGACGCCUUCUCCUUCCAGGCCGUGCUCAACGGCGCCUUCGGGUUCAUGACGGCGCAGGACGAGCUCGACCGCUUGAAACAGUUCGCGCUGAAACACAAGGAGGAGUUGAAACCGAUGUCACAGACUCUCCAGAAGAUAGUCGACGCCGCGACCUUUCGCAUCGGCUGGAUCGAGGAGUACUCGGAGGGGAUCAACCAGUGGUUCGAGAGCUACGUCACCGCUUACAAGGCGAAUAAAUCGAAAACCACAACGAUAUCACCAGCUUUAACCGGAAACAAUACAAUUAAUGCAACAGAACCGAUUACAACCUCUAGUCCUUAAUAAAAAAUAUAAAAUUAUUACCAUUUUAUAUCUAUCUAUUAUACAGCACCAUCCUAGUUCUAAAUCAAGAUUGAACUUGUACUACACAAGUGUCUUUGGCGGUAAAAAUGUAAGUAUUUUCAUGUAAAAAUAUGAAAAUAAUAAACUGAUUAGUAAUGGUUGUUGCUAAUGAAAUCACAAUUAAGAAUCAGCUUCUUAUAUAAAUGCCGUUUAAGUGGUGACUCGGAAACAACGCUUCGUCUCCUUCUUUUAAAUGACAAAUCAAUGAUGACAGAAAGAGAAAACUGUUUAACUGAACAUCCGCCAAACAACAUUUAUAAGUAAGAACGUUAGUAAUUGUCUUAGCAUAAUUAAUUAUAUAUGAGUUAUAAAAAAAACCUUUUCAAAGCGGGCUUUUAUAUAAUAUAUAGACUACAACGAUUAACACUUAAGUGUACUAUUUUAUAAUGAAAGUGUGUGUGCAAAAUUUCAGCUUAAUUGAUUGGGUGGCACUGUUUUUUUUUUUUCAAAGAUUUGAAACACGCAUACUGAUAGAUGUAGUUAAAUAAAAGCUUGUGAUUUAAAAAAAAAAACCCAAAUAGUUGCCAGUAAAAAAAUAUUAAUUAUUUUGUUGUUUUUUUUUUAUUGUUUUGGAUGAAUUAGUGUAGGCUCAAAUUUUCUAAUUAUAGAAUAAAUACAAUGGCGGUGUUUAUUUUAGGUUUUAGUUUUGUAUUAAAAAACAAGAAGAAAGUGUUCAAACGUACUUACAUAAAAGUGUUCUAAGCAUAAUAAUGAAUAAAUUCGAAUCUAUGUAAGUAGAAAUGAAUAUUACUAUAGUACUAGCAUUUAUUUAUAGUGGUCAAAGAAACCCAAAGAAUUAGACAUUGAUUUAAAUAAAAACAUUAAAUUUAAUAAGUUUAUAAAUAAGUAUUUAUGCUACAAUCUGUAUAACAGACGGUACUAUCUUAAAAUUUAAUAGAUAAGUUAUUCCUUACAAAAUUGAAAUCAAAAUUAAUUAAUUUAUAUUUUAAAAAUAAUAUACUUUGUACCUAUAUACAAAGAUUACAUGAAUCUUUCCAAUUCUGAGUAACGUAACUGCCGUAUAUGUGGAAGCAGCGCUAAGUAUCUCGCGUGGUUACACAGAUGUGGCCGUAUCUUUAUAGGAGAUACCUCGUCACUGUUCGAUCACAUUCGAUAUCUAUCACUUAAAACAACGAAUAAAUCGCGCACAAUAUUUUACGAUGUGUAAAAAUAGUUUAAAUACGUUCACGAUCGUUUUUAAAUAACAAAAACGUAUAUUAUAUAUAUAUAUUUCAUAAUGAUAAAUGUGUUCGCGUUCGCGAGUAACCCUUGUGAUCCGAUGAUAUUUAAUAAAUAUAAAGAAAAUUAACUUACAUUGACUAUCAGUGACAGAUUUUCCAAGUGUAGGGUAUUGUAUUUUUAUAACAACAAACAGGAAAGCCACAUCAAAAUCCGUCCAUUCGUGCUACGUUAGCGGGAGCUACGUUAAACUCAUAAAACAAUUCUGUUUACGUCUGGGACGCGAUUAAAAAAAAACUUUAAAAUCUGCCGCUUGCGCUGAACCUGCUGGUAAAU